UAGCAGGAAGUUGGGGAGCUUCCGGCUGGCGUACGAGCUGUUGGCGGGGUGUGCGGGAUGUUUGCGGUGUGCAAACAGCUGUUGGUUGAAAGCUAGCUGAGGUGACAUGGCUCUGCUACGACUGAGGAACACAAAGGGCCCGAAUGCAGCAGAGAUAGAAAGAAAAAUUAAAAGGGGAAAUGCCCUGAGGCAGGGGUCUUCGUGGCGGGGCUCCCGGGGGCUCCUGGCCUUGCUGCUGGUUGCUCUGUGUGCUAGUACAGUUGCCGCCUGGCUCUACCUGGCUUCCUUGGACGGUGACAUCACAGAAACUCUGGCCAGUCGGAGGGAAAUGAUCUUGCCUCAGCCCAGGGUCUACAGCGUCCAAUGCUCAGAGGACUACGAGAACUACAAGCGCUACCCAGGUUGCACCCCUCAGAAGUGUGGCCGAGCCGUCACGGACGGCGUGGUGACGAGCGAAGAGGCUCAGGCCCUGCGGAGGCUGGCUGAGAGGGGGCUGGCGCUGGCCGGGUCCGAGGGAGGGGCCUCCAUACUGGACCUUCACUCUGGAGCGCUGUCCAUGGGGAAACAGUUUGUCAAUAUAUACAGGUAUUUUGGGGAACAGGUAGCAGAUGUCUUCACAGAAGAGGAUUUCAAGCUUUACAGAGAUGUGCGGGGCCGGAUCCAGGCCGUCGUUGCCGAGACGUUUGGCUUGGACCGAACCCUGAUGUACCUCACCAAGCCCACCUUCUUCUCCAGAAUCAACAGCACCGCAGCCAAGACGCAGCAUGACGAGUACUGGCACCCGCACAUCGAUAAGGAGACGUAUGGCUCUUUUGACUACACAUCUCUCCUGUACCUGUCUGACUACGGCUCAGACUUCACCGGCGGACGAUUUGUCUUCAUGGACCAAAAUGGCAAUCGGACUGUGGAACCCCGGGCAGGACGAGUGUCUUUCUUCUCCUCCGGAUCGGAGAACGUCCACCGUGUGGAGAAGGUAACAUGGGGGACGCGCUACGCCAUCACCGUCUCCUUCACUUGUAACCCCAGUCACGCCAUCUCCGACCCCUCCCUGCCCUGAGGCGUCGCCGCGGACGACGGCGCCGCGUCCAGUGCGCUCGGACGAGCCCUGCAACAAAGAUGGAGACGAAGAAAGUGAACAAGAGGACAAAAAAAAAGUUUUUAUUUCAGGCGUACAGGCUGCGAUCGAGAAACCUGGCCGGCCGCUGUGUCGAACACGAGCUGUUGGAGGAGAGCCACAAGACGAGCCGGAGGAAACUGAACUUCAGAUGGUAGAUUUACCGCAGCAGAAAUUCUUUCUUGGAAACAUCAAUUAUUUUUACCGAAGGGAAAAGACUUGGUUGUUUGGACGUAACGGCACUCAAGCUGGGAUUCCACGGCACAAAUGUUUUUCCAUCGUUCCACCACUGACGAGUGUCCGAGUCCUCCGAAUGUUUCCAGGCGGAGCUUUUGCAAAAUGUAGCUCCACAUUUUCAUAUUGUGUCAAAGCACCAACUUUCAAAUUUCACACUAAGACUCUUUCUUCAGCAAGACUCUUCUUUAUCAUUUCAGACAUUUGUAAUUCUGAUGCGAUACCGAUAUCGCAGCUUUGAGUAUUGGCCGAUACCGAUACUGUACCCGACACGAUAGCAGCACAAAUCAUAAAUACUUGUAUUUAAUUUGUCAUGUGGUAUGUUAUGAAAAGCUUGACCAAAAACAGAAAAACAAUCAAAAAAACAAUCAAUUUCUCUAACAGAAAACAAUAGUUAACAAUAAUAUGUAUGAGAAGAACUGAUCCUUAAACCAAAGCGUUUGGGAUACAAAGUGCUGCUGGAGAGGAGUGCUUCUAUCAGAGAUUUUAGAUGCAGGUCGAUAUAAUCCAAUACUCAUUUUCUGUAUGCUAUCAGACUGAUUUCCGAUAAGAACAUCAGUGCUUUUCUUUGGAUACCCAGUACUUGGUAAUGACGGCUUUUUAUCGCUUGUGUUCCUGGUUCCUGUGUGUCUGGAUGGAAAUUUCUGUCCUCUGGUUCCUUCUGUUCUUUGGUUUUGUCACAUUUUCACAUUUCAUGAAACAAAAUUUAAUAUCAGGCAGAUAACCUGUGUAAAUACAAUAAGACGCUUUCAAAUAUUUUCAGUGGAAACCGACUUUGCAACUUGUGAUGUGUUUACAAUAGAUGGAUUUUGGCCCCAAACUUUGUUGCAGAAUUUUCUAACUUGGCCAAACCAGAGGAUUGAACAAAUCAUCACCUGAAAACUGUGACGAUGAUAUCUUUGUUUUAUACAACAAACUGUUUAAUCAACACAUGUAAAGGAAAAAUCGAGAGCAGUUGCUGUUUUCUCCUCCGAGUACGUCUUCCGACGGUUCUGGUUGUUCUCGCUUCAGUCAAGUUGUUUGGGUUCAUGGAUGUCUCUGAUCAUUCGGGACUUUUUGAACGUUCUGCUCAAAAUGCAACCGGGUUACAGAUGCAAAUCUUGACAGACUCUCAGGGUCACGUUUCUCUUUCUCCUCGUGCCAAGGUUUUUGUUGUGUUUUUUUUUUUUUCUCUUCUCGUUUGCUUGAACUUUGAGAACUCCAUGUGCCAAUGCCUCGUUUUAGCACACAGAUGUAAUGUCCUGUUCUCUUUCAGCAAUUAUGAAGCCAUAAGACCUGAGUGAACACUUUGUAUUUAUAAAAAUCAGCCAAGAUUACACACGCGUAUACCUCCAUUCUUAUCCGCACCUUGGGAGCCACUCGAGGAAAUUGCUUGAUUGAUGAUCGGUGUGAGAAGUCAUCUUCCUUGCCUUUCUUAUUUCCCACACAGCUGCUGCAGCCAAUCCUUUGUUUCUGUCCCCUUUUUAUUCUUAAUGGAUUGUGUGGAUUGCUUUUAGAGUCGCUCAUUGAAACUCUAUUUCGCUUUGAUGACGUCUGUCAAAGUUCGAUGCGUACGCUUUCCGAGCUCAGGUUUUUUACUCACUCCUGAGUGUUUAGAAACUCGCUUUAGCUCAGACCUUUCAAAAGCGAUUGCGGUUUUGCUCGCUCGUUUGUUACGUCUCGUUUUGCAAAUGCGAGAUUUGCGAGAGAAUACCUCCCGAGUUAUAGUUGUAUGAAUAACAACAAUUACUGUAUGUGAACCCAUUUGAAGACUAAAAGCUAUAAGCAUAGAACUUAUCACUGCUUUGCUGCAAAUGCAAUUCAACACGAAAGUUUGGACAAAACCUAUGAGUUUAUUAGACGUGCCUCCGCUUAUGAAGUUUGAACUGAUUGUGCCUAAGUUGUAAUGUCUGAGCUGCUGUGAUAUGUCAUGUUAUUGUUUUGUUGCUAAAGACCAUGGCGGUCACUUCCUGUUACGCAGCUGAACAGAAUGCAGGGAUCAGUGGAUGCCAUUUGAAGUCCAUUAAUGGCAAAAAAAAAGUUUUUCAACUUUGUUUUGAGAAUACAAAAUUCGCACUACAGUUGCUUUAUUCCCGUUCUGAACUUUUCUACAGAAAUGAGUUGGCUUGCUGUGUUCUCAAACAAUAAGAAGAUAUGUUAGCAGUGCCAAAAGUUGAACAGAUCAACAUGUUGUGGACAUUUUUAAAUGAACUUUAAAUGUCCCGUACAACGUCUCAGUCCAAAGCAGCAAUACCUUGGAAUACUGCAACACUGCAUUCUGUUCUGAGGAGGAUUGAGCUGAUCAGCUGCGGCGGGUUUCAUUUGCAUAAGCUCGAUUUUUGCACCUUGUGGUUCAAACGCACACGACGAUUGUGUAGCGAUUUCAAAGGGGAAGGAAUACCGCAGUCGAAACUAAGUAUUUCACCAAAGUUAAGUUCACAAGCUCAGGUAAUACAAGCCCUUAAAUAGCUGUCAUGUUCAAAGUCGCUCCUAAUCUAAUCAACGCAAGUUUCCUAAGCUUUUCUGGCGUAGCAUCAUAUGAACUGAUAUGUCUGGUACUAGGAAGGUUUGGACCUUCCUUCUCAUGACUUAUCAUUACUGUCUGCAUCAAUGACUGUGCUGGUACAACUUCAGAAAAAAAAAAAGAGCACCUUCAGAUGUUGAGCAUACCGUAGAGAGCAGCUUUGCCCCAGACUUUGAAAGGAUUCUCAUCGGGCUCCACUCGGCAGAGCGUGACUCAGCGGACCACCACCCCUCUCCGGCACUCCGUGCUAAUUGCCCCAGCACGAGUGAAGAGCAGGCGAAGGAGAAUAAAGCAAGUUGUAAUUUCUCGUCGUCUUACUUCACAGGCGAGGCAUGUUGAUUAGUUACAGAUGAUUCUGCUACACAUUGAUAGUAGAGGUUGCCCUGGUAGUGCUGGGAGAAGUACAGGAUGUCCGCGCAUCCUAAAAAAGUCUUAAAUUUAUGCUUCUAAUGUUGAGGCCUUAAAAAGCCUUAAAUUCAUUAAAAAUAAUCUGAGUUGGCCUUAAAUAUUGUCACCUUCCUAAAAUGAGUCAUUUUUUGACAAGAGUUCUUUAUUUGGGGGGGUGCAAAUUUUUGGCAAGAUUUUAUUUCAUUUAUUUUUUCUCAAAAUCACUUUUGGAAAAAAAAAGAAAAAAAAGAUGAUAUCUUAACCUCUGGUUUAAAUUUUGUAGUGGCAGGACUAUUCAAUCUCUUAUAAUGUUGUUUUUUUUUCUCGAGGGACUUUUCUGAGAGAUUGUAGUUAACUAGCUGCUAAUAUAUCUUAGCUAGCCUUUUUUUUUAAAUUUUUUUAUUACUAUUGUUGGUAAGUGAAAAUUUGGGUAAAUGCCUUGCACCAGCAGUUUGCUGAUCACAUGGAUUGUGAUGCAAAAAACAAAGUGUUUCCACUGCAGUUUUACAGGUACAGCCCCCCCAAAAAAAAAAACAAACAAAAAAAAACACCUCAUCUUAGUGUAAAAACUUUUUAUUGAAAAACUUUUUUUUUCGAAAUCGGUGUGUUUCAAGUAAGCCAAUUUAUUUUCAUAAUUCUAAUUUGCGCACUUAUAUGGCCAAUGGUAACGCGGUUAGGGUAGGAAGAGCAGGACAAACUCACCACUGACGUGUAAGAACUUCUCCGUGAUGCUCUCUCUGCAAAUAAAUGACCUGAAAUGACACUAAAACAUCUCAGAAGGCAAAUUAUUGAGUCAUAAAAAGUUUUUUGUUUUUUUUUAACCCUUGUGCAAAGCUAAAGUGCUAGACUAGCAUUAAAGGCUAGCUCUUUAGCCACAUGAAAACACUGUCACCUGAGGCUAGGCUUGGCGUUUGAAGAGUAGUUUUGUCAACAACAUACAGUAGCUGCUGCUGC